GUGACCACCAUUUUGCAGGCUUGAAGAGCACCGCAGACAUCGAGAGAGGAUGCCAAAGCUCGCGGACAAGAUAGGAUCGCUCUUGUUCUGCCCUGACUGCGGCACAUUGCUCGACCUGCCCAGGGACGAUGAUAUGGUUGUGGCGUGCGAGCAGUGCGGCCAUGAGGAGCCUGCGAGCUCAUAUGAAAAUAUCGAAACUGUAACACGCUCACAUCCGGACGCGUUCCCGUCGCUACUCAGACAGAAGGGCAAAACACAGACAAAAGUUCAUGAUGCAAAUGAUGCGCUGCUUAAGGUUACUGAAAGAUGUCCAGAGUGCGGGCACAUGGAGGUAUAUUCGAAGGAACUCCAGCUGAGGAGUGCGGACGAGGGAUCGACAGUAUUCUACACUUGCGUCAAAUGCAAGUUUGGCUGGCGUGUCAACAAUUAAUGCUCCUCAGCACCGAAGAAACACCUUCAUCGCCUUUCCUGUCAUCGCGUCCUGCUGCAAUUUGCCCACCAUGACUUGAUUUACGGGCACGAAUUCAUUUGUCAAGUAUUCCGUACAAUGCAUUCAACAUCUCCUGGUUUGUAUGGGCCAGAAUGCACAUGUGCUCACAGCAACGGGGAUGUGGACAUGGUACAUUCGGAGAAGGAAUCAGAAGAUCGAACAUAUCGAGGACGUCAUCAAUAGAACAUGGGCGUAGCUUAGACUGUCUUAAUUGGCGCGUCGUUAGCAAGCCAGCACGUACAAAUGAAUCAUCCGACUAGGUUUGUAUCGCUGAGCGUUCGAUUCGAAGUAUAUAAGAUUCCG